AAAAAGAAAGAUAAUAAACUUUUGUUACAAUCAAAUAGAGUAGGAGAUAUUUUAGGAUAAUCCAAUUGUAAACUUGCGGUCCAAGAAUUUUGUUACAAUAAUAAACUUUGUUACAAUAAUCAAAUAGAGUAGGAGAUAUUUUGUAAACUUACUUUAGAAUUGUAUUCCAAUUAAUUUGGCACCACAAAUUGUAAACUUUUUAAAUUUCCAUAUUCUAUCUAGCAUUUUCAUUAUACUCCAUUCCAUAUUCUAGCAUUUUGUAAACUUUUUAGAAUUGUAUUCCAUUUUAUUAUGCACCACCAAUUUCUAUAGUAUACACGUCAAGUUUUGUCUAUAUAUUUCACAUUGCAUAGCACAAAGUUUAUUACAAACCUGAUAAUUCUCUCUAUAUCAUCUUCUUCUUCUACUCUUUACUAAGAAUUCCCUAUAUCAUCUUCUUCUUCUUAUACUCUUUACUAAGAAAAAUGGCAUCUUCUUCCUAUGAUAUUUUUGAGGAAACAAUCGAAGAAACGUUCGAUUCAGCAUUGAAUGAAAGUAUGGAACAAGCUUUCAAUGAAGAAUUCGAAAAUCUAACCGUUCGUCAACAAGCAACAAAGUCAAAGAAAAAACGAGCCUAUAUUGACAGAGAUCGUGAAGACGGUCACAACUGCCUAUGGAAUGAUUAUUUUUGUGAAAAUGCAACAUAUCCUAAUCAGAUAUUUCGACGCCGGUUUAGAAUGAACAAAUCCUUGUUCAUGCAUAUUGUUACUCGACUCGCCGAUGAAGUUCCAUUCAUUCAACGAAGAAGAGAUGCUACCGGAAGGUUCGGUCUCUCUGGACUACAGAAGGCCACGGCAGCAAUUCGUAUGAUGGCAUAUGGUUGUGCGGCUGAUGCGGUUGACGAAUACCUCCGUCUUGGUGAAAGUACUGCAAUUUCAUGCUUAGAAAAUUUUGUCGAAGCAAUCAUAACUUUGUUCGGAAAUGAAUAUCUCAGAAAACCGACACCACAAGAUCUCCAACGACUACUCGAUAUUGGAGAGAUUCGCGGAUUUCCUGGGAUGAUAGGAAGCAUCGACUGUAUGCAUUGGGAGUGGAAGAAUUGUCCAACCGCUUGGAAAGGACAAUAUACACGUGGAUCUGGAAAACCUUCAAUCGUUUUAGAGGCAGUUGCUUCACAAGAUCUUUGGAUAUGGCACGCAUUUUUUGGACCUCCAGGUACCUCAAACGAUAUCAAUGUUCUUGACAAGUCACCGGUUUUUGAUGAUAUAUUACAAGGUCGAGCUCCAAAAGUGAAUUUCUUUGUCAACGGACACGAGUAUCAUUUGGCUUACUAUCUGACCGAUGGUAUUUAUCCGAACUGGUCAACUUUUAUCCAAUCUAUUUCACUUUCCCAAACUCCAAAGGCAUCCUUAUUUGCUACGGUACAAGAAUCUGUCCGUAAAGAUGUCGAUCGUGCUUUUGGAGUCUUGCAAGCUCGAUUUGCCAUUGUUAGAAACCCAGCUCUUAUUUGGGAUAAGGCAAAAAUCGGCAAGAUUAUGAGAGCAUGUAUCAUAUUGCACAAUAUGAUAGUGGAAGACGAACGAGAUCGGCACACUCAAUUUGAUCUAUCACAAUUCGCACAACCGGAAUCAAACCGAAGUUCACAUGUAGAUUUCGGGUAUUCUACAGAUAUGCCUUCAAAUACGUCCAAUUUGAUGGCAAUUCGAACUCGACUACGUGACCGCAACAUACAUGAACAAUUGAAAAAUGAUUUGGUUGAGCAUAUAUGGCGUAAAUUUGGUACGCAAAAUGAAUAUUAAUCGUUUAGUUUUAUUUAUGUUUUCUCAAUUUAUGUUAUAUGUUUUUAUGUCAAGUUAAUUUCCAUUUUAUGUAAUUCAAUAAUUAUAAGUUUUUUAAGUA